ACACACUGUAUAUAUUCUCCUGUCAGGGUGCAGUGAGGAAAGGUCCUGCAGCUUGUCACUUCUUCUCAGCUGUACCUGACUGACCACGCUUGCCAAGAUGGUGAAAGGUAUGAUCAUAAAGACCAUGUCCUUUAAGGUCUGGCAGACCCUGACCAUUGUUGGUGUUCCCAAGGCUGGGAUAUCAGAUUUUAAAGUGAAUAUUUGCCCAGACGAAGAGGAUGUUGCUAUGCAUAUCAACCCUCGUUUUGACGGCUACUCUCCAAACAAUGUGGUGGUCUGCAACUCUUACCAGGGAGGCAAAUGGGAUGAGGAAGUCUGUGGGAGUAGCUUUCCUUUCGAAUAUGAAAAGGAGUUCAAGAUGAUCAUUAAAUUCACCCCUGCAGAAUUCCAGGUGACUUUACCAGAUGGCUCUAAAAUCCACUUCCCCAACCGCUUCGGUGCAGAGAGGUACCCCGUCAUCAACUUUAAAGAGGAUGUUUGCAUCAGUCGAGUUGAAAUCAGUUAAACCUCCAAACUUGCAAGGAUUGUUGCAUUGAAGUCUAGCAUAAGG